CUGGCAACAUUUUCUCGUAAAAUGGCUUAACUCAAUAAGGAAAGAUGAAGGUGGACUAGAGCGCAAGUGUCAGUGUGAGCCCAAAAAAGGUGCGAAUAUCAACUAGAAUAAUACCAGUAGUUUGAAAGCGUUAUCACAUGGCCCGAGACACAGGUGACCGUUGUAAAAAAGUCUUUACCAUAGCCAUGUUCUAAGGGCAUUGUGCUAGCCGUUGUAUUCCAAAUAUAUACAAAAAUAAAUCAACAAAUACUGGCUCUACCUACUACUACUUCUUUCCUCUUCAUACUUGUGUAGAUGGUCAUCUACAUCCUGGGCUUGUUUUGAAGAUUUUUCUUUUCAUUUACUUAAUCAGUGCUUCUGAUAAAAACAAAUUCAAAAUGGUUUUAUUUAAUCAGAGCAAUUCUACUCAGAUUAAACCCACAAAUACACAAGAAAUGGAUAGCAGGAAAUUUGGAAUGGAGUUGGGACCUAACAGAAGAGCUUUAAGUGUGCUGAAUCAGAAAAUAGUGGGAGCUAAUCCAUUUCCCUGUGUUGUUAACAAGAGGAUUUUAUCAGAAAAAACUGGAGAUUCUGAUCCAAAUCCUCCAAUUCCAAGGAAAAAUGCCUCACAAAUGGCACUCUCUCACGAAACCUGUCAAGAGGAUGCAAAGAAACCAAAGACAACGGUCAAUGAGUUCACCAUAUGGGAGGAUAUCCCUCUAACAGACGUAGAGGAUCAACCAGUGUCCAUGUCUCCGGAACAAUCAGAAACUGAGAUUACCGAAAAAGAUCAAAUGGAAGACAUAUUUGAAGAGACUAUUAUGGAUAUUGAUAGUUGUGAUGCAAAAAAUUCCCUUGCAGUUGUUGACUAUGUUGAAGAUCUAUAUGCAUACUACAAGAAAAUGGAGAAUUGUAGCUGUGUUUCGCCAGGUUAUAUGGUAAAACAAUAUGACAUAAAUGAGAGGAUGAGGGCUAUUCUAAUUGACUGGCUCAUUGAGGUACACCACAAAUUCGACCUUAGGGAUGAAACAUUGUUUCUAACUGUAAACUUAAUAGACAGAUUUUUAGCAAAGCAAAGUGUAGGGAGAAAGAAGCUGCAGCUUGUUGGUUUGGUUGCUAUGCUUUUAGCCUCGAAAUAUGAGGAAGUUUUUGUUCCAGUCAUAGAUGAUUUGAUAUUUAUAUCGGACAAAGCUUACACAAGACAAGAAGUCCUUCAAAUGGAGUGGUUGAUGCUCCACACAUUGCAAUUUACAAUGUCUCUUCCAACUGUGCACGUUUUUAUGAGAAGAUUUCUCAAGGCUGCUCAGUCGGAUAGGAAGCUUGAGCUUGAGUCUUUCUACUUGAUGGAGCUUUGCUUGUUGGAGUAUGAAAUGCUCAAAUAUUCGCCUUCAUUUUUGGCUGCUGCUGCGAUAUAUACAGCUCAAUGUACGCUUUAUGGUGUUGGACAAUGGUGUAAGACAUGCGAAUGGCAUACAAGCUACACAGAAGAUGAACUAAUGGAAUGCUCAAGAUUGAUCGUUGGUUUCCACCAGGCUGCGAAUGGGAAACUUUCCGGGGUUUACAGAAAGUACAAUACAUCUAAGUUGGGAUAUGCAGCAAAAUAUGAGCCAGCAAAUUUUCUAGUACAAAAGGCGCCAUAAUAAGCAGAGGAUGUACAGUUACUAACGUCUUGUGACUUGUGUAAUUGUGCUUAUUCUUGACACAAAAUAAGUAGUAACAACUUUACUUGCACCAGGACAUUGUGAUUUGAAUUUGAGAGAUUAAGGCCGCCAAAAGCCAAGGCCUUUAAGGAAUAGAUUACAACAUUUUCAGUUGUAUUUUAGUUUCAUUCAAUAGCUAAUAAAAUUAAACAAGUACACAAGUUCCUUAUGUUUUUCAAUGGUUGAAGUAGUCCUAUACAUGUAAUACUUCUGGUAUGAUCAGUCAGUCUUGGGGGCCA